AAAAAAUAUUAAAGAUUAAAAAGAAAUGCAAAAUCGAAAUAAACAAAAAGCCGGUGUCUUUAAAGAUUUUAUUUUUUUUAUUACCUGCAAAAAGUAAAGCAUAAAAGAAACUUAAAAAUUUUAUUUGCCGCAUGGUCCACCUUCUGGCUAAAGGUAUCUGCAUAUAAGUUUGCCUUUCUAUUUGCAAAUUUUUCGUUUAAUCAACGAUUUAUACAAGAAUUUAUUUUUUUUAAUUUCAAAUGGAAUUUGCAAAUUUUAUGGUGCCACUAGUGUAUCCAUAUAUCAAGUAUAAUCAGGAGAAGCUUGUUACAGCGAAACUGCAACUACGCACAAAUUGCGAAGUAGAAACAAGGUUCUCAAAGCGCUAGCCGGCAGCACCUGGGGAAUGGACAAAGAAACCUUGUUGGCUACCUAUAAAACAAUUGGCCGGUCAGUGGUCAAUUAUGCUGGACCAGUGUGGUCUCCAUCGCUUGUCCUGAAGAGUGAAACCCAAGGGAGAAAUAUUCAAAAGCUGCCAAAAUGCCGCCCUAAGGAUUGUAACGGGCUGCAUGCAAAUAACCUCAGAACACCAUCUGUUGCAACAACAACAACAGCGAAACCUAAUACAAAAUUAUAAGCUGAAAGGACUGAGUUUUUCCCAAACGAAAAGUCUUUAUAACCUCAAGUCAUGUCCCAUUGAAAAUCCAAAUGUAACCUUCAUAGUUUGUGUUAUCUUGGUGAUUUGCACAUAAAUUUGCAUUUCCAUUUUUAAUUUCGCGAGUUAUUCAACAUUUUGUAUAUUAUCUUCAUAGUUUGUGUUUAAGUUCAAAUGGAAUUUUCUAAAUCUGCUAAAGAUCAAAUAAGCUGGAAGUAUUACAGUUAGCAGUUUGUUAACCAAAAGCUCUUAAACUAAUGGGAACUUUCUUUGAUCCAAAAAACUCUUUAAACCAAUGGCAACUUUUCUUAGAUCCAAAUAAUCAUCUUCAGGACAAGUUUGUUAAUCAAAAGUUCUUUAAACUAAUGUCAACUUUUCGUAGAUCUAAAUAAUACUAAAGAUAUUCUUUCCAGUUGUAUUGUGUCCAAAUUUCGUAAAAAAAGUAAAACUGUUGGAAAAUUUCAUAAAAUAUUUAUACAUGAGAGUCAACUUUUCGUAGUUUCCAAUAUAAAUGCUUUGCCCAAUAACGUUUAGCCUUAGCCCUUAUACAAGGACUUCAGACUUAUAUUAAAUUAUUAUUUCAAUUAAAAUUUUAAUUAUUUCUUUCAAUAUUUACAUUUUAUUUUCCUUUAAUUUUUCUUCUUUUAGAUUUUUUUCAAAUAACUAUUAUUUUUUCUUCGUCAAAAUGUCCUAACUAAGCAUGUAUAAAACUUUUAAUAAAACAAUUAAAAGAACAAGUGUAAAUUAUAAUUGUAAAUUAAGUAAAUCAACAACCAACAACAACAAUAACAAACGUCUAAGGUGUAAAACCUUUAAAACGACAAAAUUGUUUUGUUUUAUUUUUAAAUAAAAACAACAACAAUAAAAUAUAAUUAAUUAAAAAAAACGACUUGAAGUAUAUACUCAUCCUAACACACAGACAUGUCCGACAAGGAAAUGCAGGCUCAUGACAAUGUCAGAUGGCGUAAUUGGUCUCGUGCUGCUACUCUUUAUGAUCAGAUUCUCUCAUCUCCCCCGCUAGUUAGUAAUCGUGCUCAAAAAGAUCGUCAUAUUAUUUGUCUAUUGGGCCGCUGUGAGUGUCUAUUGGAGUUGGGUAAAUAUGAAUCAUGUUUGAAUGACGCCCGUAAAGUAUUGUCAAUGUUAAGUGAACAACAAACGGAUUGUUUGGCCAGUGUAUCGCGAACAAGACGAUGGCUGGUGCAUGCCUUGUGCAAAUUGAAAAAGUAUACGGAAGCCGAAAAACUAUUAACCGAAUGGAUAUCUGAACUCCAGCAACAACAGGGGUUUGGUGAUAUUUGCAAGACUUUAGAACGCUAUAAAUCCGUUAUACAAAUGCUUAAUGGUGGCAAUAAAUCAACACAAAAGAUACACAAUUCCCGCUUAGAAGAUGAGAUGAAUAUACUCGAUACCAAACUAGAUCAUUGGGCCACAAAUAAUCUGCCCUUAGACAAAUACAGUAAACCGCUUAGUAAUAAAGGCAUCAAAAAGCGUGAAAACCCCACACAAAAUGGCGCCAGCAAUAAUAUAACAGCCGUAAUGCAAAAAAAUACCGAUCUUCUGGCGGCCCUUAAAGUGUCAGGCAGUAAUAAGUCUAUAAGCGAUGAUAGUACAGGCGGUGGGGAAAAUGGUAAUAGUACAACCUGUUCGUAUUGUGCUAUAACCUUUAACUCACGCAAUGAGCUGAGGCAACAUUGUCAAACCGAGGCUCACCAAAAUGUGAUUAUGUCCGAUGAGGGACGAGAUUGGAAGUGGAGACCACCUCCUCGUGGCUUUACACUCGACUCCUAUAGUCUGUGUGAGUCAUGGACGGAAUCGCAAUUGUGUCAUUAUGGCAAUCAAUGUGUAGAGGCUCAUGGAGUCGAUGAACUUAACGAAUGGAAAGAUCGUUUCGAAUACCGACGUAUGCGUGUGCAGAAAGCUUGUGAGAAGGAGCUUUAUGGCAAAUCCUACACAGAGUUGGUAUUAGAGAGAUGGAUACAGUCGACAGUGCCCGAGAAAAUCAUGUCGGAAAAAGUGGAGGGCAUAGAGGCACAAUGUGAACAGGAUUUGGUAACCAGCAUAAGCUCAAAGUCUUCUAAGCGUGAGUGGGUGUUUAUUUUAAGAACUAACAAUAAACCUUUAAAAGCGGUGGCUCUACUGCAAGAUGCUCAUCGUAGUCAUUUUGCCAUAAAAAGCAUUAAAACCGGCGAAACCACUAUUGAAUUGGAUACCAAAACUAAUCAAGAAUGGGUCUCCAAUAAACACUCAGCUUCUGCCUCUGCAACAUCCUCUGUAUCCUCUCUCCUAAACUGUUCGGUGGACAAGGAGGAGGUAGCAAAAAAACCUUUAGAGAAUUCAGAAGCAAACACUGCCUUGCAGUCGCUAAUGGAACAUCAGGUGACUUUGGAGUUUCAUACCGAAAUCUAUGGUACUUUUCGUCAAGCAGUUUGUUUUGAUUUCGGCUCUGAGCCUCUGCUGGUUAGACACUUGUGUGUAGAUGUAGUGCCCGUCAGUGACGCCGAGAAGAUAGAGGAAAUACGACGUGAUAUCAUUAAUAGUUCGGCCACCAGAUGGGAUGUUUCCAAUACACAAUUGGUUAAAUUUGAGACCACAAUCGGCUCACACAUGAAGACUGAAGCUUAUCUCAAUGAUUUGAAGCAUGAAAAGGAAAUGCUAGAGCGUUAUCCCUGCCCAAGAGCUCAAACUUUUACCCUCACCCAGUCCACAUUGGACAAGCGCUUGACACAAAACAACUAUCGUUCACGCAUACAUGAACUGCUGUAUGUAGAGGAGAUAGCACGUUAUGAACAAAUUGCUCGUUUUAAUUUACGCACCAAACUGGGUGUGACUUCCAAUUAUAUCUUGACACCAGCUGGCAUGGCGACUAGUACUGCCAAGUAUUCGUUAUCGGGUGAAUUGUUUGCCUUAAUGCAUUUGGGUAAAGAUGUUUCGGAAGACACAUCAGCGGGUCGCUUGAUUCUUUCCAAUUGUUUAAGUGUUUAUAUAUCACCCGUAGAGGAAGCAAAUGUAGAAACAAAGGAUAAAAAGCGCAAAGUUUACGAGGCUGUCAUAGAGGAUAAGGGUAAAAAUGUGAUCUAUUUGAAGUUGGGUUCUAAAUGCGUGGAAGGCAUGCAGUUAAAAUCGGAUACCGAGAUUUUGGUGGAUAUACAAUUUCAAUUAAAUCGUUUGCCCUAUUGUGAAUGGCAUCAUGCGGUCGAUAAGAUUACAGAUUUUAAAAUUAUCUUUCCUGCCACUGAAAUAGAACCCAAUAUACCCUGGACUCCGAAAAAACAAUGGUCUGAGACAUGUGAGCCCAAAUUAAAUGCCAAACAAAGAGAAGCCGUUAAUGCUAUAACCACCUCGUUGAGCAUAAAACUGCCUCCUAUUCUACUAAUAGGACCAUUUGGCACUGGUAAAACCUAUACCUUGGCACAGGCUAUAAAACAGUUAUUAACACAGCCGGAGGCCAAGAUAUUAAUAUGUACCCACUCUAAUUCUGCGGCAGAUUUAUAUAUCAAAGAAUAUUUACAUCCAUGGAUAGAGGCCGGUCUAGAAGAGGCCACUCCUUUGAGGGUGUACUAUCACAAACGUUGGGUUGCCACGGUCAAUAGUGUAGUUCAAAAGUAUUGUAUCACUGAUGGCGCUGGUAACUUUAGGCGUCCCACCGUUGAGGACAUUAUGAAACAUCGUAUUGUGGUGGUCACCCUAAAUAUUUCCAUGGAAUUGGCCAAUCUUGAUCUCCCUAAGGGUUAUUUUACCCACAUAUUCCUCGAUGAAGCUGCCCAGGCUAUGGAAUGUGAAGCGAUUAUGCCUUUAGCUUUAGCCAAUGACAGUACACGCAUCGUUUUAGCUGGUGAUCACAUGCAAAUGAGUCCUGAGCUAUUUUCAGCCUUCGCCAAAGAGCGUAAGUUGCACAUUUCUCUGCUAGAACGUUUAUACGAUCAUUAUCCUUCGAAUUUUCCCUGCAAAAUACUCUUAUGUGAAAACUAUCGUGCCCAUGAAGCUAUUAUUAAAUUCACUUCCGAGUUGUUUUAUGAACAAAAGCUUAUAGCUUCGGGUAAACAGCCAAGACAUGAGAAAUUCUAUCCUUUAACGUUUUUUACCACUAGAGGAGAAGAUGUUCAGGAUAAAAAUUCCACGGCUUUCUAUAAUAAUGCAGAGGUUUAUGAGGUGGUGGAAAGAGUAUCCGAGUUGCGCAAAAAGUGGCCUAGUUCUUGGGGAAAAAUGAAUGAUGCCAGCAUAGGCAUUAUGACACCCUAUUCGGAUCAAGUGUUUCGCAUACGUUUAGAGUUGAGAAAACGUAGAAUGGGUGGCAUUUCCGUUGAACGUGUACUCAAUGUCCAGGGUAAACAAUUUCGAGCAGUAUUUCUCUCUACCGUACGUACCCGACGAACCUGUUUGCCUAGUAAUGCAGGGGGUGGUGGACCCGGUUUUCCUGGCCAGUCAAAUAACUCUAGCGAAGAUGCUGAUUAUGGUUUUUUGAGUAAUUCCAAGCUAUUGAAUACCGCCAUUACCAGAGCUCAAAGUUUGGUGGCAGUUGUGGGAGAUCCGGUAGCUUUGUGUUCCAUAGGACGUUGUCGUAAGGUGUGGGAACGUUUUAUAGAGAUAUGCGAUGAAAAUAAAUCUCUGUUUGGAUUGACUAUGUGGCAAUUACGUUCCCAGUUGGAUGGUGUUGAGCUGAAACGUGGUUAUGUUUUAAAUCCUUUAGCGCCCGAGUUUAUACCACGUUCUCUGCAACCCGAAGCUUAUCUCAGAGAUCAGGCUGCCAUGUAUUUGGCUAUGACAGCAAAUAAUCAUCAUCCCAUGGGACCUCAUCCAGGACAUCAUCAUGGACCUGCCGGAAUGGGUGCGCCACAUCCCAGUUUAUUAGCAGCAGGUGGUGGUGGGCAGAUACCUCCUCAUCAUGCCGCCCAACAAAUGCCUCAUAUGUAUGGCCCUCAUACAGCAGCAGCUGCUGCCUACAAUGCCGCUGCUGCUGCAGCCGCGGUGAUGAUGAAUCAGGGUAUGGUGGCUGGAAAAGGAGGGCAUCAUUUCCAUGGACAUCCCAAUCACAUGCCCAUGAGAGCAAUAGGCCCUCCACCUUCAGCCGGAGGACCGCAACAACAGCCCCAGCCUCCUCCACCCAUGAGUGGGCAACAAUUUAACCCGCGUGGUCCACCACCGCCAACCGUACAUCUGGGACAAGCUCCAAACCCCGGAACAGCAAAUCAAUUCUCCCAAUACAUGCCCUGGCAACAUGCCCAGCAACAACUGCGUCCUCCCGGAGCUGCCGGAAACUUUUCUUCUUCAGCUGGUCAACAACCGGGAGUACCAACGGCCCAAAACCCCAAUGCCAGUCUAUGGGGACCUCCGCCUCAAACCAAUCCUUGGAGUGUAUUACCAAAACAAACUCAAUUACAGCAACAACAAUCUUCUAAUAACUCCGGCGCCAAUGGCCGACAAAUGCCACCACAACAAACGGCCCAGAAUAUAAGAGGCAACAGUGUGCCUUUGCAGCCACCACCGCCUUUGCCAAACCAACAGCAACAACAACAAAUGCGCAAUAAUCCCAAUGAUUUGGGUUUCUUGGCCAAUAAGGCCUUAUAUGCCGGCAAACAGCAUCCAGGACAACAAGGCAAUCAAGUACCGCCGCCUCAGGCCCACGGCAACUUUGCCGGCUUUGGCCAGGGCCAAGUGCCACCACCACCGCCUGCCAAUCAACUGCAGUUAAUGAAUCAAAGAAGUAUGAGUGGCAUACCCAAUGGACCCAUUUCUCCCAUGGAUCCCUUUAUGCCACGCCCUCCAACAGCAGCAGGUGCACCUACACAAAAUGCAUUUUUCGGACAAAACAAUCUACCCGGACAAUUAAAAGAUAAAGACUUUCAAUUUCUCAAUAACGUACAUGUGCCGCUCAACAUUGGUGGCAGCAUGUUUCAAGCACAACCACCACCGCCCAAUGCCAUGGUGGGUUCAGCGAAUAAACAACAAUCUCCUACGGCUUUACGAUUUCCUCAACCGCAUGAAUAUGCCUCUCUUUUGCCGCCCAAUGUUAAUAUCUAUGAAAUGGCCUUCGAACCAAAAGAAUCCCAAUAUAAAUGGUACUUAAAACUAUUGGAGACACAGGGUCAAGAGGCUGCCAAUAAAUUCACUGAGGUCCUGCGGCAGGUUAGUGCCAUGAUGCAGCAACAACAACAGCAGCAGCAACCGCCCCAGGUAAAUAAACCACCUCCCCAACACAUGCAACAGGCCUAUCUACAAGCUGCUGGCAAUUCAGCUGCCCAACCGGGUCAACAACAGCUAAUGCCACGUGACAACUUUAUGCAACCACUCAUGAACUAUCAACAGCAGCAACAGGCUCAACAGCAAAGAAACAUGAAUCCUUAUAUGGGUCCUACAGGAUCGGGAAAUCUCCUGCAAGCUCCCCUUAAUUUAGCUGCAGUAAAUGAUGAUACACCUCCCUUGGAUAUUAAUUUCAAUCAACAAAUUGAUAUGGUCUUCAAUUCCAUUAUUAAUGGCAAUGAAAUAAGCCAACCUAUAUUACGUGAUCUCUUUGGUGUGGGUGGUGGUAGCAGCAACAAUGCUGCUAGCAUGAAUGGUGAUUUACUUUUAAAUACCGGCAAUGCGUCCUCCUCCAAUACAAUUAUGACAGGCAGUAAAAUGUUUCCAACUAUUGGUGGUGGUAAUGGUCAAACGUCAGGUGGUAAUAUGUCUAAAAUGUCAGGGCCACCUAAUAUGAUGGGCAUGCCCACUCCUCAGCAACAACAGACCGCCAAUCAUCAUGGCGGUUAUAUGACAAACAAUGCCCUUAUGAACAACAAAGACUAUUUAAUGGGUGGUCCACCAGGAGGUGGCGGUGGUGGUUCAAGCUCAUCAAAUUCUUCCUCUGUGCCUCUGUACAGACGUCAGGGUUUGCCCAUGGGCAAUGGACAUCAUCACCUCAACAGCACUGGUAAUUCUAGUAAUUCUACUGGCGGUCAUUCUCUGUCCUCCUCCACACCAGAGAACAUGCUUACCGGCAGUCCUAAUGAUAUUUUAGCUGGUCUAACCACUGGUUCUAGCACCUUAAUUGAGGCAUUAUUCCAGCAAGAUCAACAGCAAAAUAAUACCACUUUACAGAAAUUACUUUACAAUAAUUUCAAUGCUACGGGACUUAAGAAUGACAUGGAUUUGUUUAUGGGCAAUAAUGCUUUUGUGGCUGGUCUUGGCGAUGGCAUUAAUAAUACAUUUCAUACACAAAAUUUCCAACAGCAGCAGCAGCAACAACAGCAGCAACAGGCUAAUAAUUUAGCACAACAACAUCCUGCCAAUAAUCCGGUGGUAAGUAGUGGUGAUAAUCGUAAUACUACUUAUGCAGCCGUCUUAAGUCAAGGACCACAACAAGCGGAUGCUGCUCUACAGCAGCAUCAACAUAAUCAUCAUCAACACAAUUUUCCACACAACUCUAUGGUGGCCAAUCUAAGUGGCAAUGGUUUAGGUUUGGGUCUAACCGUGGGAGCUGCUGCCAAUAAUGGAGGUGUUGAGGCCGGCGAAAAGGAUCCCUUUGCUGCCAUACGUGAACUGGGUCAAGGUACGAAUGGUUUUUAUAAUUAUUUUCAAUAAGAAAUAAGAAUUUGGUAAAAACAAGUUUCAAUAGACUUUUCUUAGAAAAAAACGGGCCUUUAAAUAAGAAACGUUUAGGGUUAGAAGAAAA